CACUAAAUUGGGUAACUGUCCAGUGACAGCAGAUAAACACCUGCUCGUACAGAUCACCCUGAGCCGGAGUUGACGGGAACUGCUUUCAUACAACAAACAUUUGGACCAGUAAUCGAUCCAAGACGUGGGGGAUUUGGACUCAAAAUGUCAGAUUUGAAAGGCAAGAGAAAAGAAUAUCUAAGUGUGAAGGAUCUGGAGAAGCUUUUGGACUCGUGCAAACUGCAUCUCAGUCAAGUUGAUGAGGUCUGGCCAAACAUAUACAUAGGGAACGUGGCAGUAGCCCAAAACAAGACUGCUUUGCUGAAAUUAGGUAUAACUCAUGUAUUAAACGCUGCUCACUCCAAGAGAGGCAGCAUAGGGAACCAGAGCUUUUAUGGCAACGGCUUUGUGUAUUGUGGCAUUCCAGCAGAUGACUCGACGCACUUUGAUCUGGAUGUUUACUUCCAAACUGCAGCUGAUUUCAUUAAUAAGGCUCUGAAGGCACCUGAUGGGAAAGUUCUGGUGCACUGCAUCAUGGGAAUGAGCCGGUCAUCGACCUUGGUGUUAGCGUACCUCAUGAUCUACCAUCACCUCCCGCUCAAACGGGCUUUGCAGAAAUUGAUCCAGAAGAGAGCCAUCUACCCCAAUAGGAAUUUCCUGGCUUUGCUGCUCGAUCUGGAUCUUCAGCUGACGAGAAAAAAGAAAACAUGUCAGAUCCUGUGAUUGAGAGAAGUUUACACUUUUCAGACACACAGCAGCAUGGCGUCUAUACGGACGAUAAUGCUGGUCAGCCUGUUGGUCCGACAGUCCAGACUGAAAUAUUUCAAAUGGAUUGUCGUGAAAUUUGGUUCAUCUAAAGACAGAGAGAGACUCAACUGUGCAUUGAGAUUAACAGUAGGCUAAUGUACUAUCAUGUUUGCAUGUUAAACAUAAAAAAGAAGAAGAAUGGAAAAGCUUCACAUAUAUUUUCUUAGCGUGUUAAAUGUUGACAUGCAGUGAUGUAGUGGUCACUGAUAAGGUGGGUGUACUUCUAGUUACAGUAGAUGGGUAGUUUACCUGUAGGACGUGGGUAUACUCUCAUAUAUAUUCCAAUGGCUUUUUGGCUGAUAGGUGGGUAUACUGUAAACCACCACAAAAAGAGGUGGGUAUACUCUGUAUACCUGUUAACAUGCUAACACUAAAUCAUUACAUGCUAAAUAUUAACAAAUUAAAGGUGUAGUUUGUAGGAUUUGGACGCAUCUAGCGGUGAGGUUGCAGAUUGCAACCAACUGAAACUUCUCUAGCGUGCCAAGCUUGUAGGAGAACUAUAAUGCAAAAGCAUGAAAUUGUGAAUGGCCCUGUCUAGAGCCAGUGUUUGGUUUGUCCGUUCUGGGCUACUGUAGAAACAUGGCGGCCGGCUCCGUGAAGAGGACCCGCUCCGUAUGUAGAUAUAAAACGGCUCAUUCUAAGCUAACGAAAACACAACGACUCUUAUUUUCAGGUGAUUAUACACUAAAUAAAACAUACUUAUUAAUAUUAUAUUCUAUUUCUGCCAAUAGAUCCCCAAAAUGUUGCACACUGUUCCUUUAAAAUGAUAAUGUUAGCAUGAUAAUGGUAUUUUAGGCUAAAUGUUACGUGCUGACAGCAUGGUAACAUCCAGUUGUUAAUAUGCAUGGAAACAUGAUGGUAGUAUGUUAAUAUGCUAACAUAUGUUAGCAUUUAGCUCAGUGCACAGUUGAGCUCAAGUACAGCUGAGGCUGACAAAGUACACGUCAAACGUACGCGCCAAAUCUGACAACGCAGAGAUGUGGAGGUAACCACAUUAGUAAACGCCACCCUCAGGCCAAGCUUUACAUUGCUUGCCUCACUAGUGGUAAAGAACUGCAAAGUUGUCACUCAAUUAAAAUGCAAUUUUGUAGUCUGGUUUGUAAUGAUGCAUUACCUUCUUGUGGACCUGCUACCAUGUUUUUUUGUUGUUUUUUUUAUGUUUUUGGAGGCAGUGAUGAUAAAAACAAAGAACGUCUUAACAAAAACACAGUUUGGAAACUUAAAGGGACUGUUUGUAACUUCCUACACGUAUAAAUCAAUCA